UAUACCAUGCUUUUUCAAUGCUGGGCAUGUGUUCUUAGUCUUGAAUAUCGUGUAGCAGAAAGCAGAAAUUAAGGUUAGUUCAAAUUUGUAAGAAAUUGGCAAAGAAAAAGCAAGAGGCAAGUAUACAAAUAAUUCACAAAAACGCCAAUUAUGGAUGGCUCUGGAAAUAAUCGUUAUGAACUUUUGUUCAUGGACGAUGAUAUUAGUGAUCCAUUAGAUAAUGCUGCGAGCAAGUUGAAAAAGCAGGUUAAGACUGCUGGUGGCAGUGGGGGUAGUGCACCCUCCACAAAGUCAUCGAAUAAACAAAAUGUCGACGGUCCUACAAGGGCCCAAUCGAAUAAAAAACCCAACCAAGCUGAAAAAGAGAAUAAGCCAUCAGCCUUGAACAAAAAUGAACUGAAUAAGAAGUCACCGACUGGUAAUGCUGUGGAUAGAACUAGCAAGCAAGGUGGGUCAGCUACUAACACCAAUCGCAAACGAACUGGUCCCUCUACCGAUGGUGGUCAAGGUGGUCAACAGCAACAGGGCACGAGAAACUUAAAUUUUAGGCAGCAAAGCGAUGAAUCUCGUGAACAACGUAAUAACCGUCGAAAUGCUCGAGAAAAUGGAUACAAUGGGAAUUUUGGAAAUCAGAUUGAAGGAUCAUCACAGCAGCAACCGCGACAAUUUCGGGACCGCGAWAAUCGGGGACCACCACGCAGCCGCAAUUUCGAAGGUGGCAAUCGUGGGGGAAAACGUGAAUUCGAUCGCCAAUCGGGAUCUGAUAAAACUGGUGUCAAAGCAAUUGACAAACGUGACGGUGCUGGCGCACAUAAUUGGGGAUCUGUCAAGGAAGCUAUUGAUGACGUCAAUAAGAGCGAUGUCGAAGGUGGCAAUGUUACUGAUAAGGCUGAAGAAUCUGGUAACGAACAAGCUGACCAAACGCCGGUCGAAGAAGAAACCAAAGAAUUAACACUAGAUGAAUGGAAGGCGCAAAAACAACAACGAGUCAAACCAACUUUCAACAUUCGUAAAGCUGGAGAAGGUGAAGACACAACUCAAUGGAAGAAAAUGGUAGUUCUAAAUAAUAAUAAGAAAAAGGAGAAUGAAAGUGAAGAGGAACUUGAAUACGAUCCUGCCAUGUAUCCUCAGCGAGUUGGACGUCAACAACGCGUACUUGACAUACAAUUUAAUUUCAAUGACGGCCGCCGAGGUGCUGGUUUUGGUGGACGUGGGCGUGGCCGUGGACCUCGUCCAGGAGGUAACACCCCUAAUCUCAACGCCAACACCACAACCAAUUUCAAUGCUACSGAACGACCACCAAUUGGUGGUGGACGCGGCGUUAAUGCAGGCAGAGGCGGAAAGCGUAACUUUGGCGGUUUUAGACAACAAAAUGUUGCUCCAAAAGUCAACGACGAACGUCAAUUCCCAACUUUGGCUUAAAAGUUCUGCAUUUKUAAGGCGCAGACGCAAUAUCAAAAACAAAAAUGAGAACAACUAUUAAAACAUAAUGAAAUUAAAGAAGCAAAUAAAAUAUGAGGAUCAAGAAUUAAAAUAAGUUUGAAGCUUCAUCAAAUUUAAUGAACAUAUAGUGAAGAAAAGAAACAGAAACUGCUGACAAAUAUUAAAAUCCAGUUCAAUGAAUUAUCACAAGCUACAUAUUACACUUCUGUUUUUAGUAACAUUCUAUAGAAUUGAUACAUUCAAAUAUAUACAUAUAUGUAUAUUGUCCUAUAAUACUAAGGAAAAGACCAAAACAAAAAUAAAUAAACCGCCCAAUAACAACAGCGUCAAAGCGUACGAACAAGCAAAAAGAAAAGCAAUUGAUUUCAGGUCAAAACGUUUAAACCAAUAACUUCAAGAGCCACACUAGCAUAGCCAAUGCAACAGCACUUGUCGUAUAUAUAAAGUCUAGUAGUCCCACUGCUAAGUAAUGUGUAUAUUUUUGUUGUUUGAUUAAAUUAAUUUUUUUUUUUACAAAAUGAUAGCGAAAGUUGAGGAAACAUUCACUUUCCAUUAUUUUUAAAACUAUUUCCAGUUUUGCAAAUUUCUAGCAGUUAAAAUUUAAAUAAUAUGAAAUAACAAAAAUAACCCCCGAACUACGUUAAGAAGUUCGUUUAAGCAAAAUUAUUUGAUGUCAUCACAUGAAUAAAAUCCAUGAAGUGAAGCAAAUAAGCUAUCAUCUCAUUAUCACCCUCAUGCAAAGCAAAUAUCAUUUUAUUGUAACUUUCUUAAUUGUAUUAACAAUAAUAAUUUAAAGGAAAAUAAAAGUUCACACUAUAAAAAAAUAGCAAGCAAACUUAAUAAACUACAAGAUUAUGGGUAUGCCAUGUUGA